AUCCCAAGUCCCAUCACCAUGUACAAAUAUAUGUUCUGCCUGGCUCUCAUCGGCUGCGCCUGCGCCGACAAUAUCAACAAGGAUGCCCAGAUCCGUAGCUUCCAAAACGACGCCACUGAUGCCGAGGGUAACUACCAGUACGCCUACGAGACCAGCAAUGGCAUCCAGUUCCAGGAGGCGGGCAACCCCAACGGAGCACGAGGUGCCGUGACCUACGUGUCGCCCGAGGGUGAGCACAUCUCGCUGACCUACACCGCUGACGAGGAGGGCUACCAUCCAGUGGGUGACCAUCUGCCCACCCCGCCUCCCGUGCCGGCGUACGUCCUCCGUGCCCUGGAAUACAUCCGCACACAUCCCCCGGCGCCCGCCCAGAAGGAGCAGUAA